AUGUCGACAGAGGUGAUUUUCUUGGGCACAGGGACUUCGAGCAGUGUGCCACAUAUAGGCAUGGUAGUUGCCCAAAUUGGCCGCCAAGCGCUCAUUAAACUCGCAGACUGCAUUACCGCGCAUGCAAUUCCUGGGUCUUCCGAUCGACCGCCUUGUAAAACGUGUCUUUCGACGAUAGACGGCACUCCAGAAGGAAAAAAGAAUAUCCGGCGGAAUACUAGCAUCAUUGUCCGCACACCAGGCAAGGAGGGUAACGUUGAAGCACCCUACUUGUCGAUUGCGGCAAAAACUUUCAAGGUUCGAAUCGAUGCUCUCGGUAUAUGCUAUCCAAGCCAAUAUGUCCAAGCGGCUGCGUUGGAAUGGUUUCCUAAAUACGGCCUCCGACGAAUCGAUGCAGGUUUGUUGGUUCACCAGCAUCUGAACUUGUUCUCAUUGUCGGUUAUUCCUCCAGUUCUUAUUACCCAUGCACACUCUGACGCUAUGAAUGGGCUUGACGAUCUUCGAGCGUGGACACUCGACACCAGAAUACAAAGCCACAUCGACAUCUACGUCUCUGAAGCAACAUUCAUAGAGAUCAAGAGGGCUUUCCCGUAUCUUGUUUCCAAAGAAUUUGCAUCAGGAGGAGGAGAUAUUCCGGAAUUCGUGUGGCAUGUCUGCAUGGAGGAUGGUGUUCCAUUUGAAGUACUUGAUACUUCCGUUAUGAUUACUCCUUUCCUCGUCAAUCAUGGACGACUAUUCACGACGCCAAUAGAAACAAUACCGGCAGCUGGAAAAUCGGUAGAAGGCUCUGCCCCAGAAAUCGAGCAGGUCAUCACCCCCUACAUGGCAAUGGCCUUCCGGAUUCAACAAGAUUUCGUCUAUAUUUCGGAUUGUGGCGCUAUUCCUGACUCUGCCUGGCCCUCAAUCUCACCAUCGAAAGAUUACCAGUUGCCUGUCUGCAUCCUAGAUUGCCUGCAUCUCCGUUCACAUCCUUCUCACUUUGGCGUGGAACAGGCCAUGAUUGCAGCCCGCCGCAUCGCAGCCAAGCGAACCUACCUCUUGGGCUUUUCCCACGAGAUCGCUCACGACGAGUAUGUAACGUUGUGUGAAGCGGUGGGCGGAAAAACACCUCAACGCUCCAAUUUAACGGAGAACGAAGUCAAGGGCCUCAGUCUCAUUGGCGAGGGUGAACCUAUCUGGGUUCGGCCAGCACACGAUGGGUUACGCAUCCAGAUCUCGCGGACAGAUGAGCGUGACGUGAACGAUGAGACUUAUCUUUAA